AUGGCUCUUCGGUGCUUACUUCAGUCCUCAACAACUUCCUCUUAUCUCUCCAAGAUCUGUGGAAUUCGUAUGCAUGGGACCAAGGCAGCAGCUGCAGCUUCUGUUGUAGAAGAACAUGUCUCAGACAUGGUGGGGGGAGAACGCGGUGAGGAUGAAGAGUAUGCUGAUGUGGAUUGGGACAACCUCGGAUUCAGUCUUGUACGGACAGAUUACAUGUAUACCACCAGAAGUUGCAGUGAAGGAAACUUCGAACAUGGUUGCCUUAGCCGUUACGGAAACAUCGAGCUCAACCCUGCUGCUGGAAUUCUCAACUAUGGCCAGGGACUAAUCGAGGGAAUGAAAGCGUACAGAGGAGAAGACGAUAGGGUUCUUCUCUUUCGUCCUGAGCUAAACGCGAUGCGUAUGAAGUAUGGAGCUGAGAGAAUGUGUAUGCAUUCUCCUUCUGUUCAACAGUUUAUUGAAGGUGUUAAGCAGACCGUUCUUGCAAACAAACGUUGGGUUCCUCCUCCAGGGAAAGGCUCGUUGUAUCUCAGACCGUUGUUGUUCGGGGGUGGAGCAAGUUUGGGUGUAGCUGCAGCAUCAGAGUACACGUUUCUUGUGUUUGGUUCUCCUGUUAAAAACUACUUUAAGGAAGGCACAUCGGCGUUAAACCUGUACGUGGAGGAGGUGAUUCCACGCGCAUAUAUUGGAGGAACUGGUGGUGUUAAGGCAAUUUCUAAUUACGGUCCAGUGCUUGAAGCGAUGAGAAGAGCGAAAUCUAGAGGGUUUUCGGAUGUUUUGUAUCUUGAUGCAGAAACUGGGAAGAACAUUGAAGAAGUCUCUGCUUCUAAUAUAUUCCUUGUGAAGGGGAAUACUAUAGCGACUCCAGCUACGAACGGAACGAUUCUCGAUGGGAUCACGCGAAAGAGCAUAAUCGAAAUCGCCCUUGAUCUUGGUUACAAGGUGGAAGAACGAAGGGUUCCUGUAGAAGAACUAAAGGAAGCAGAAGAAGUUUUCUGCACUGGUACUGCCAUUGGAGUUGCUUCUGUUGGAAGCAUCACAUUUCAGAACACAAGGACUGAGUACAAUGUGGGAGAUGCGCUUGUUACACAGCAACUUCGAUCUAUUCUUGUCGGAAUACAAACUGGUUCCAUCCAAGACACUAAGGAUUGGGUUUUGCAGAUUGACUAA